AUGCAGGAUCUGUGGCUUGCCGGCCACGACUGGGACGACCCGCUUCCCCUUGAGUUGGCGGACGCUUGGAGAGUCUUCACUGCUUCCCUGCCGGGACUGUCGGCUUUGAGAGUCCCGCGCUGGCUGCAGCGUGACCCGGGAGACGAGGUGGAGCUCCAUGGGUUCUCCGAUGCAUCGGAGAGAGCCUACGCGGCGGCGGUCUACGCUCGGGUCACCAGGCGAGACGGCCGGGUAAGGGUGACCUUGCUGACGGCCAGAGCCAAGGUGGCUCCCCUCAAGACGCAGAGCGUGCCCCGCUUGGAGCUCUGCGGGGCUGUCCUGGUGGCACGGCUGCUCCGCCGGGUGGCGCGCGAGCUGGACAUGGAGGAUGCACCGAUCGUGGCCUGGACAGAUGCGAGGGUCGUCCUGUGCUGGUUGCGCUCUCAUGCGUCGCGCUGGCGACCAUUUGUAGCGCAUCGAGUGACGGAGGUGCAAAAUCUUGUGCCGGGCGAGCGAUGGAGGCAUGUCCCCACGACUUCCAAUCCAGCGGACCUGGCAACCAGGGGGAUUCCGGUCUCGGAGCUCCUUGGACUGGACCUGUGGUGGAGGGGUCCUGAGUGGCUGCGGGGACCGCCCGCCGCAUGGCCCGCGGUGGGUGACCUUGCCACUCGCCAAGAAGAAGAGGAAAGAAGGGCGGUGCAUUUAGCCGCUCCAGGAAAUAAGGAGGACCUCCUCGAGGAGAGGUUCUCGUCGCUGACGCGGCUUGUACGCGUAGUGGCGUAUUGCUGCAGAUUUUAUCGGAGCGCCCGAGGCAUACUCAAGCAAGACGGGUUCUUGACGAGCGCUGAGUUGGAGGCUAGUCUGUCUAGGUUGGUGAGACUGGCGCAGAGAAGAGAGUUUCCGGGGGACUUGGAGGCACUUACGGCGGGCGGCCCGCUGCCGACCGGUUCGUCGCUGCGAGCCUUGAGUCCGUUCCUGGACAAGGAUGGAUCCUUGCGAGUGGGCGGUAGACUUCAAUCCGCUCAGCUGCCAUUCCCGGAGAAGCACCCUCUGAUUCUUCCAAAGGAGGGUCCUCUCACCGAGCUGGUCCUUUGCAACGCGCACACCGCUACCUUGCAUGGGGGCCCUCAACUCAUGCGGAGCUAUCUCCUCCGCCGGUUCUGGGUCGUGGGGGUGGCCUCUCGAGUGCGAAGGAUCGCCCGAGAGUGCGUGCGCUGUACCCGUUUCCGUGCGGAAACGGCACAACAGAGGAUGGGCCAGCUGCCACCCGAACGCGUGCGUCCCUCCAGGCCUUUUGCAUCGGCGGGAGUCGACUACGCCGGUCCCCUGCGUAUCCGGGCUCACAAGGGACGAGGAAACAUCUCUAGCAAGGGCUAUAUCUGUCUCUUUGUUUGUCUAGCCACCCGAGCGGUUCACCUGGAGGCCGUGUCGGACCUGUCGGCGUCGGCUUUCAUUGCGGCGUUCCGCCGAUUCACAGCGCGUCGGGGUCGUUGUCGCCUGCUACUUAGCGAUAAUUCCACCAACUUUCGAGGAGCUGACGCUGAACUGAGGGCUAGAUUUCGGGCCGCCUCUGAAUUCUAUAAGGAGGCCGGCAAGGUGCUGGCCAACGACGGGACCGAAUGGAGGUUCAUUCCGCCUCAGGCUCCUCACUUUGGGGGACUCUGGGAAGCGGGAGUUCGUUCGGUCAAGCAUCACCUGCGCCAUGUCAUCGGGGAUCAUGCCCUGACCUAUGAGGAGACGGUGACACUGUUGUGUCAGAUUGAGGCCUGUCUCAAUUCAAGGCCGCUAAGUCCAUUGAGCACGGACGCGGCGGAUCUGGUGGCGUUGACGCCUGGCCACUUCCUGGUGGGUGAGGCGCUCGGGAAUAUACCGGAGGUCCCCGAGUCCGAUCUUCAUCCCACGUCGCGCUGGCGGUUGAUCUCCGCCAUCAAGGAAUCCUUUUGGAAGCGGUGGCACGAGGAGUAUCUGCAUCUGUUGCAGCAGCGAUCCAAAUGGACCCGAGAGCGGACCAACCUCACGCCGGGCAUAAUGGUCUUGGUGAGGGACGAGCUGCUGCCGCCUGCUAAGUGGCCAUUGGCUCGGGUUACACGAGUCUUUCCGGGACCGGACGGAUGCGUGCGCGUGGCGACGGUCCGCACGGCGGCGACCGAGCUGACACGGCCGAUCACCAAGAUCUGUCCUCUUCCACUCACCACGGAUCGGCGCCCUCUCGGGGGGCUUGACCAAGCCACCUGA